AAUGUUUUGAAGGCCCGCAACUAGCUCGUCAGCUAAUUCAACAUUCAGAACGUUAGUGAGGUUUUUCUUUUUUUUUAACAGAUAUUCAUCAUUUUAUUUUGUAUUUUACCCAUUUGUACGUCACUUGAGUUGGGGUCACAUUCACACCCAGGAUGUCCUUCCCUCCUCACUUGAACCGGCCGCUGUUGCCACCACCUGGGAUGCCCCCUCAGUAUGCUGGCUUUCCCACAGGGGCUCCAAUGAUUCCAGUCCAUAUGGGUAUUAUGACACCCACCUCUGCAGUUAUGGUUUCAUCUAUGCCCAUUGUCAGUAAGCCUGCGGUCCCAAAAAGGGAUAUUUCUGCGUUGCGAGCCAAGGAUGAUGAGAACAGCGGGCCCACCACCACAGUUUUUGUUGGGAAUAUAUCAGAGAAAGCUUCAGACAUGCUCAUCAGACAACUGCUGGCGAAAUGUGGAAUUGUUUUGAGUUGGAAGAGAGUCCAAGGAGCCUCUGGCAAGCUUCAAGCCUUUGGUUUCUGUGAAUACAAGGAGCCAGAAUCCACAUUGCGAGCCCUGCGACUUCUUCAUGACCUGCAGAUUGGAGAAAAAAACCUGCUUGUGAAGGUGGAUGCAAAGACAAAAUCUCAGCUGGAUGAGUGGAAGGCCAAGAAGAAGAUUGCAAAUGGGACAAAGAAGGCAGAAGAUGGAGAUGAUGAGGAAGAAGUUCUUGACGAGGAGACAAAGAAGAAAGAUGAGAUGGUCAAAGGUGCCAUUGAUGGAUUAAUGCGGGAAUAUGCUGCAGAACUUAAUGCCCCUUCUCAGGAUGAAGAGUCGCAGCGAAGAAAGAGAAAAAAGGAAAAGAAAGAAGAGGAUGACAUUAACACUAUUGACAUGGAGGAGGACAAGAGAGACCUGAUCUCCAGAGAGAUUAGUAAAUUUCGUGACACUCACAAGAAACUAGAGGAGGAGAAGGACAAGCGGGAGAAGGAGAGGGUGGAGUUGGAACGUGAUCGAAGAGACCGGGAAAAAGAGAGAGAGCGGGAAAGAGAACGACGGGACCGUGAGAGAGAGAAGGAACGAGAGCGGGAGAAGGAGAGGGAAAGGGAGAGAGAGCGAGAACGGGACAGAGACAGAGACCGAGAUCGAGACCGAGACAAAGACCGUGACCGUGACCGCAGGACCAGAGAGAGGGAGCGAGAGAGAGACUGGGAGAAAGAUAGAACCCGUGAGAGGACCCCAGUCCGCAGCAGAUCAAGGGAGUUGAGCCGAGACAGAGAGAAUAAGCGGGACAAGGAGGAUGAAGAGGACGCUUAUGAACGCAGGAAGCUGGAGAGAAAAUUAAGAGACAAAGAAGCAGCUUAUCAGGAGCGGCUGAAAAACUGGGAGCUCAGGGAGAGGAAGAAGGCGCGGGAUUAUGCCAAAGAGGCAGAAAGAGAGGAGGAGCGACGACGAGAAACGGUCAAAGAAGGAAAACGGUUAAAAGAAUUUCUUGAAGACUAUGAAGAUGAAAGAGAUGACCCAAAGUAUUACAGGGGGAGCGCGUUGCAGAAGCGGCUCAGAGACAGAGAGAAGGAGAUGGAGGCGGACGAGCGUGACAGGAAGAGAGAGAAGGAGGAGCUGGAGGAGAUCAGACAGAGGCUGUUAGACGAGGGACAUCCAGACCCAGACGCAGAGCUACGCAGGAUGGAGGAGGAAGAGGAGGAGCGUCUGAGACAACCUCCUAUCAUCCCAGAACCCGAACCCGUGGAACAACGCGAACGCCACAGGAGCUCUCGAGAGCACCGGGAACGCAGGCAGGAGCCGGAGAAACCAGAACCCCGCUCACGGCCUAAUCACUCUGAAAACGAAGUAGAGGAGGGAGAGGAGGAGGAUUAUGAAAACGAUGAAGAAAACACUGAUGUGAAACCGUGCUUGAAGCCCACAAUGCGGCCCAUCACAGCGGCUCCAUCAGUGUCGUCAGCCAGUGGCGACGCGUCUCCCAACACACCCGGAGAGGAGUCUCCCUGUGGCAUCAUCAUCCCUCAUGAGAACUCCCCCCCUGACGCUCUGCCGCAGGAGGAACACCGGCCAAAGAUCGGCCUCAGCCUCAAACUGGGUAACACAAGUCCUAGUCAAACUAAUGCUGCCAAAAGAAAGAAGCUUCCAGUGGACAGUGUCUUUGACAAGUUUGAUGAUGAGGAAGCUGACGAACAGCCACGAAAGAGGAAGCUGGUGCCGCUGGAUUAUGACGACGACAAAAGCCUUGGAGUGGACGGUGCCGGGCUCUCCAGUGUAAAAGGAGCCAACACUGAGGAAAAACGCAAACACAUCAAGAGUCUUAUUGAAAAGAUUCCCACAGCAAAACCUGAGCUGUUCUCCUACCCACUGGACUGGUCCAUGGUCGACACGACGUUAAUGGACCGACGUGUCCGACCCUGGAUCAAUAAAAAGAUCAUUGAGUACAUUGGCGAGGAAGAAGCAACGCUAGUAGACUUUGUGUGCUCAAAGGUGAUGGCUCACAGUAUGCCGCAGAGUAUCUUGGAUGAUGUUGCUAUGGUACUUGAUGAAGAAGCUGAAGUCUUCAUAGUGAAGAUGUGGCGGUUGCUCAUUUACGAAACAGAAGCCAAGAAGAUUGGGCUGGUGAAGUGAACAUAAGUACCAGAUCAAUAUGCCCCUCCAACCGUGUAAGAUAGUCUAGCAGAAUAACGUCAUUUCAAAUGGACUGUAACUGCAGAUUCUGCUCAUUUUCUCAAGCACCAGUUGUCCAGGUCAUGUCAUCAUUUUUUCCUCCAACACACUCAGGCUCCAUCAGCUUUCAUUCUCUUUACAGGUGCUAACUGUGUCCAUGUUGGUUUUGUAUAAAUAGUUUUAUUUGGCAAAAAUGAAAGAAUGUGGAGAGCUGCCGUCAGAGAGGCAGGCUAUAGUUGAAUUGGAGUACAGGUCUUUUGAUCCGAUACUUUCUUCAUUUGUGUGCGUCAACUGUUAGUGGGAACUCUGCGGUAUUGUCACAGUUAAUUGGUAAACGGUUUCCAACAUAUUUUUGAAUUUCUGUAAAGGAUUCUCAUUGUUGAAGGUGGAAUUUAAAGUACAAGGAUGUUUAUUUUUCUUUUUAAAACUUUGUAGUGGAAAAAUUAUUUAUUCAAGGUUUUUGACACACCUCAAGCUUAUGUGUUGACUAAACUUUUCUUUCCUCGCACAACAUUCCUGUUUAAGGGGUUGGCAUGUUUUUCUCUACAAACCACAAUGAAAAGUGCUUCAACUUUUCUUCAGACAAAACCUUAAAGUCCCAGAUGGUGACGAUAAUGAAGCUGUAACAGUCGAUAACCACUAUAGGAAAAGCUCAGACCUGGAAUACCGUAAUCAUGAAGUUGUGAAGGCACUCUCCAUUUGUUUUUGUAUUGUGAACAUUUGAUUAAAAUGGAUUUUUAUAA